AUGACGCCGCGCCUCAGUAAAGACGAUCCCAAGUACAGCCCCUGGACGGAUGAGCAAUGGGAGGAGGCCGUCCUGCGCGGGUCGCUCAACAUCCCAGCCCAACCGCGAUACGCGGCCAUCAGCCUCGGGCCCGGAAGCGUCUUUCAAACGGCCGAGGAGGUGCAGCGGGCCCUGGACCUCACGUUUUUGCCCCACGUCAUUAUGGCGCCCGUCAUCGACUUCGCAACCGACCCUCAUCCACUCAAGACCGGCGCCGACGCCGGUCCUCGCGCGCUCGUCCGCGUCUGCAUGGCCCCCCCCUUCUCGGAGACGGUCGCCAAGGAGAUUUGCGAAAUGACCAGCACCAGCAUUGAUCUCGACGGGCACGUCCGUGCCUUGUACAUUCCGACGGCAUUCAAGCGGGAUGCCAGAGGCCACGUCAAGAGAAUACAGCGCGCACAGGUGGACCGGGCACGCGACAUUGCCGAGAAGCAGGGACGCGAGAAGUACGCCGACUUUCUGGCGCGCGAGAGCACGAUGAGCAUCGACGAACGUCUCGCGUUCUGCCGCGCGGAAGAGGCCAAAAUCAGAGAGGAGGAGACCAGAGGUGCUGUUGGGGACCGCGGCAAUGCAAAGGACAAGGAAAACUGGGCGUAA